AUGGGGGUCUGUGGGUACCUGUUCCUGCCCUGGAAGUGCCUCGUGGUCGUGUCUCUCAGGCUGCUGUUCCUUGUACCCACAGGAGUGCCCGUGCGCAGCGGAGAUGCCACCUUCCCCAAAGCUAUGGACAACGUGACGGUCCGGCAGGGGGAGAGCGCCACCCUCAGGUGCACGAUUGACAACCGGGUCACCCGGGUGGCCUGGCUGAACCGCAGCACCAUCCUCUACGCCGGGAAUGACAAGUGGUGUCUGGACCCCCGCGUGGUCCUCCUGAGCAACACCCAGACCCAGUACAGCAUCGAGAUCCAGAACGUGGACGUGUACGACGAGGGCCCGUACACCUGCUCCGUGCAGACGGACAACCACCCCAAGACCUCCCGGGUGCACCUCAUCGUGCAAGUAUCUCCCAAAAUUGUAGAGAUUUCUUCCGAUAUCUCCAUCAACGAAGGCAACAAUAUCAGCCUCACCUGCAUAGCAACGGGUCGACCAGAGCCGACGGUUACUUGGAGACACAUCUCCCCCAAAGCUGUGGGCUUUGUGAGCGAAGAUGAGUACUUGGAGAUCCAGGGCAUCACGAGGGAGCAGUCGGGAGACUAUGAGUGCAGCGCCUCCAAUGAUGUGGCUGCCCCAGUGGUGCGGAGAGUCAAGGUCACCGUGAACUAUCCUCCAUAUAUUUCAGAAGCUAAGGGGACAGGUGUCCCCGUGGGACAGAUGGGGACGCUGCAGUGUGAAGCCUCCGCGGUUCCCUCGGCAGAAUUCCAGUGGUACAAGGAUGACAAAAGGCUGGUUGAAGGAAAGAAGGGGGUCAAAGUGGAAAACAGACCUUUCCUCUCCAAACUCAUCUUCCUCAACGUCUCUGAACAUGACUAUGGAAACUACACGUGUGUGGCCUCCAACAAGCUGGGCCACACCAACGCCAGCAUCACGCUGUUCGAGCUAAGUGAGCCUACAAGCUCAACUUUGUUACAAGAAGUCAAAACCACAGCUCUGACCCCUGGGAAAGGCCCGGGCGCCAUCAGCGAAGUGAGCAAUGGAGCGUCGAGGAGGGCUGGCUGCGUUUGGCUGCUGCCUCUUCUGGUUUUGCACCUACUUCUCAAAUUCUGA